AUGGUUAAAAUUAAGACGAUGUUCAAAGCGCUACGGCGCUUGCACGGCCAGAAUCUGGAAAGCAGAGGUCUCAACGAUAUGACGGAAGCGUUUCAGUCAUUUGUCACUCGUGCACGAUUUUUUAGUGUGGGAAAGUUGAGACGAACCUGGUCCCAUUCUGCGGCCGAGUUCAUCAAAUAUCGACGUCUUCUGCCGAUGCUCCUAGCAGACGGACAGCACUUUGACUCGGCUGAAACAGAUGAUUUCGAUGCAUCGUUGGCCAAUUACGCAAAAUCAAAGGAGGAGCGGAAAAUCAUUGUGACAAACAUAUCACCUCGAGUGACACCAUCACAGCUUCAGUCGUUCUUCUCAAAAUUCGGAAAGGUGUCGCAUUGCUCGCUGCCACGAGAAGACAGACGAACUUCUAUGUUUGGCACGAUGCCGAAGUUUCUGAAAAACUGUGGCACAGCGACUUUGACAUUCAAAAAGGCUGAGGAUGCUGACAGAGCGAAAAAUGCUGCACCUGAAGAGCUCAAAUUUUAUGAUCAGUGUAUGGUCGUGGCACCGUAUGUCUCGAGACGAAAAGGCACAAAAGGUGUGAUACUUGCUGACGAAAGUAAAGACGAAACGUUUGAUCUAUCUCGUGCCUCUUCUAAUCAGUCACUGGCUUCGACUACAAUGUCAACGAGCGGCUUUGAGGUUAGUUAG